GCAUUAGUACUGCAGAUAUUAAUGCUGAGGAAAUACUUAACACACUUAAAUAUGCAAUCCGUGCUCGAAACAUCCGGAACAAACCUGUUGUUAAUAGAGAUCAUGUGUCCAGUGAGAUGCUGAAAAUGCGCCAACAACUAGAGUACUUGCAGGCAGAGCUUCCCUUACGGGAUGGAGGAUCCUCAUGUGCGAACUCUAGGAUGAAAUCAUCGGUCUCGUCAAACCUGAUGGGCUAAAAAGGAGCUUGCACAAUAUGGAGUCGUCCAAUUAUGCUAUGGUUGAAGCCACAAUAGGUGAUUCAAGGGAAAUAGAUGAAGAGGCAAAAGAGUGGGAGCACAAACUCUUGCAAAGUAGUAUGGAUAAAGAGUUGCAUGAACUGAACCGUCGUCUGGAGGAAAAGGAGUCUGAAAUGAAGGUUUUUGACGGCUAUGAUCCGGCUGCGCUAAAGCAACAUUUUGGGAAGAAAGUUGCAGAGGUGGAGGAUGAAAAGAGAUUUGUUCAGGGAAGAGAGAAACCGUUUGUUGGCUGGAAUUGAAAACCUUGCUUCUGAUGGUGAAGCACAGAAGUUGCAAGAUGUGCAUGCUCAG